UUUAAUUUCGUUCGUCUCCUUCCCUCCUCCCUCCGCCGCCAUCUUGGAAGUUGGCGUUCAUCCUUGUCCGACUCCCGGAUGUUGCCUACUGCGCAUGUGCCGCUCUGUGGAAGUGCAGCGCUCAUGCGUAUUUAGACCUUAGCUUGGAGUCAGUGGAACUUUCUCCAAGGAUCUUCUGUCAACCAGGAACAUACCAUUACAUAACAGAUGAAGAGCAAGCACUCUACACUGCCACCGGCAGGUCGAGAGAGAUGCCUGAGAACGCCGCACACGCUAUGGAGGAGGAGCUGGAGACCUUCGCCUUCCAGGCUGAGAUUGCUCAGCUUAUGUCCCUCAUCAUCAACACCUUUUAUUCCAACAAAGAGAUCUUCCUCAGGGAGCUGAUUUCCAACUCCUCAGAUGCCCUGGACAAAAUCAGAUAUGAAAGCCUGACAGAUCCCAGCAGGCUCGAGUCCUGCAAGGAACUGAAGAUCGAAGUCAGACCCGACCUGCACGCACGCACCCUGACCCUUAUUGACACCGGUAUCGGCAUGACCAAGGCAGACUUGAUCAACAACCUGGGUACCAUCGCCAAGUCUGGCACCAAGGCUUUCAUGGAGGCUCUUCAAGCUGGAGCUGACAUCUCCAUGAUCGGCCAGUUCGGUGUGGGUUUCUACUCAGCCUACCUGGUGGCUGAGAAGGUGACGGUCAUCACUAAACACAACGAUGAUGAGCAGUACGUGUGGGAGUCUUCAGCCGGGGGGUCGUUCACUGUCAAACUGGACAACGGAGAGCCGAUAGGCAGAGGGACAAAGGUGAUCCUGCAUCUCAAAGAAGAUCAGACAGAAUACUGUGAGGAGAAGCGCAUCAAGGAGGUCGUGAAGAAACACUCCCAGUUCAUUGGAUACCCAAUCACUCUGUUUGUGGAGAAGACUAGAGAGAAAGAGGUCGAUCUGGAAGAGGGGGAGCAGGUGGAGGAAGUUGAAAAAGAAGCAGCUGAAGACAAGGACAAACCAAAGAUUGAGGAUGUUGGGUCGGACGAAGACGAGGAUACCAAGGAGAACAAGAACAAAAGGAAGAAGAAGGUCAAGGAAAAGUACAUUGAUGCCCAGGAGCUGAACAAGACCAAGCCCAUAUGGACUCGUAAUCCAGAUGACAUCACCAACGAAGAGUAUGGAGAGUUCUACAAGAGCCUCACCAAUGACUGGGAGGACCACCUGGCGGUCAAGCAUUUCUCAGUGGAGGGUCAGCUGGAGUUCCGAGCUCUCCUUUUUGUACCCAGAAGGGCGGCCUUUGACCUCUUUGAGAACAAAAAGAAGAGGAACAAUAUCAAACUGUAUGUGCGAAGGGUCUUCAUUAUGGACAACUGCGAGGAGCUGAUCCCAGAAUACCUCAACUUCAUCAAGGGAGUGGUGGACUCAGAGGACCUUCCCCUGAACAUCUCCAGAGAGAUGCUGCAGCAGAGCAAGAUCCUUAAAGUCAUCCGUAAGAACCUUGUCAAGAAGUGCCUUGAGCUCUUCACUGAACUGGCAGAGGACAAAGACAACUACAAGAAGUACUAUGAGCAGUUCUCCAAGAACAUUAAGCUGGGAAUCCAUGAGGACUCUCAGAACAGGAAGAAACUGUCUGACCUGCUCCGGUACUAUACAUCAGCUUCAGGAGAUGAGAUGGUUUCCCUGAAAGAAUAUGUUUCUCGCAUGAAGGAAAACCAGAAACACAUUUAUUACAUCACCGGUGAGACCAAAGACCAGGUCGCCAACUCCGCCUUCGUGGAGCGCCUCCGCAAGGCCGGCCUGGAGGUCAUCUACAUGAUCGAGCCCAUCGACGAGUACUGCGUCCAGCAGCUGAAGGAGUACGACGGCAAGAACCUGGUUUCCGUUACCAAGGAAGGUCUGGAGCUGCCUGAGGACGAGGAUGAGAAGAAGAAGCAGGAAGAACUUAAAACCAAAUUUGAGAACCUCUGCAAGAUCAUGAAGGACAUCCUUGACAAGAAAAUCGAAAAGGUUACAGUCUCCAACCGUCUGGUCUCCUCCCCUUGCUGUAUCGUCACCAGCACCUACGGAUGGACCGCCAACAUGGAGAGGAUCAUGAAAUCUCAGGCCCUGAGAGAUAGCUCCACUAUGGGCUACAUGACGGCCAAGAAACACCUUGAGAUCAACCCCAUGCACCCGAUCGUGGAGACCCUGAGAGAGAAGGCGGAAGCCGACAAGAACGAUAAGGCUGUGAAGGACCUUGUCAUCCUCCUGUUCGAGACCGCCCUCCUGUCCUCAGGGUUCACCCUGGAAGACCCCCAGACACAUGCCAACCGCAUCUACAGAAUGAUCAAGCUUGGUCUUGGUAUCGAUGACGACGACUCUCCUGUGGAUGAUCUGGUCCAGCCUGCUGAGGAAGAUAUGCCAGUUCUGGAGGGUGAUGACGACUCGUCAAGAAUGGAGGAAGUUGACUAAAACAUUUAGAAGACUGUGUCUUUUUUAUUUUGUAAGUUAUAUGCCUCCUAGAAAACACUGAAUAGGUUAUAAUUUGGACAAAAAAAUGAAAUAAAUGUGUGUUUUUGUAACUUUUUUUAUUAUUAUAAACACAAUUUAUAAUAAAAUGCAAAUAAU